CGAGUCCGGCGCGGCCGGCCGGGUAGAGGCGGCGCCGCCCAGGGAGAUCCUGGCUAAGUCUGGCCGCGCUCCUUUCCGCCGAGGGGUGGCAGGCGAAUCCCCGCUUGCGGAGGGUGCCGAGGCAGGGCUGUCGGGCAAAGUGCGCGCGGGCUGCGGUCCAGGCCACCCCUUCCCCGCCAAAGCCAUGGCUUCCAAACUCCUGCGCGCGGUCAUCCUCGGGCCGCCCGGCUCGGGUAAGGGCACGGUAUGCCAGAGGAUCGCCCAGAACUUUGGCCUCCAGCAUCUCUCCAGCGGCCACUUCUUGCGGGAGAACCUCAAGGCCAGCACCGAAGUCGGUGACACAGCAAAGCAGUACCUAGAAAAAGGUCUUUUGGUUCCAGAUCAUGUGAUCACACGCCUAAUGGUGUCAGAACUGGAGACCCGGAGCUCCGAACACUGGCUGCUAGAUGGGUUCCCGAGGACAUUAGUACAGGCAGAAGCCUUGGACAGAAUCUGUGAUGUGGACCUUGUGGUCAGUUUGAAUAUUCCUUUUGAGACACUUAAGGAUCGUCUGAGCCGGCGAUGGGUCCACCCUUCUAGCGGGAGAGUCUAUAACCUGGACUUCAACCCGCCUCAAGUGCAGGGGGUUGAUGACGACGGCGAGCCACUUGUCCAACAGGAAGACGACAAACCUGAAGCAGUUGCUGCCAGGCUACGGCGAUACAAGGAUGCGGCGAAACCAGUCAUCGAACUGUACAAGAGCCGCGGAGUGCUCCACCAGUUUUCUGGGACGGAGACUAACAAAAUAUGGCCUUAUGUUUACACGCUUUUCUCAAACAAGAUCGCACCUAUUCGAUCCAAAGAAGCAUACUGAGCCUGCCGCCAUCGGAAGAACCAAGAAGACAUGGUCGUUCACUCAAUCAUGCGUGUAGUCCUGGUGCCCUGGCCAAAUUAGGAGCUAGCUGAGAU